CCCAGUGGAGAAUACGCGCCAACAGCAGCAGAAAUUUCAGGACCAGCAAAAAUAUAGAAAAUGGUCCUUUUUCCCCUCCCCCUCCCAUUUUGCCCCAGUCCACGUUCCAGAGAAUAAAUGAAUCCUGCAAUGCGCGCCUGGCGCCUGCCUCGGCAUCGCAUCCACAACCUCAUCCCAAAUGAGCCUUGGGCAGGGGAGCCCCUGGUUGGGUACUUGCACAAUGACGGCUCACAGCAGGUUAAUUUCCCACUGCGGCCAGCGUGUCGGUCACCGCGAGAGCAUUCCACUCCCGUCAAUCAUCCUCCCCUACUCUGUCCAUCCCCUCUGACACUCUCCCUGCUGAUAUCAAAUGUUUGAGACUUCAAUUAGAAAUUCGCCUCAUCAUUCUGUAUUAAUAUACAAGGCCCUUCCGCCACCAUCACCUUUUGUCCUCCUCUCCUUCGUGUUGUGACCACGACAACGACAACUCCUCAGAUUGGGACAGCCCUGCCUGUUUCCACUGAUCCGCCACCUCCGAUUUGACACUUCCAGAGGUGUCUGCCCCCACAAUUUGGUUCCUGGAUCCGCGCAACCGAGUUAGGAUCGACCGAUAAGAGUGGAGUGCUUACCACGGCUGAAAAGGGGCUGGCAGGGGACAGCCGGCAGAGACGGUCAGGAAAAAAAAACGGCAAGAAGAGAAAGAGAGGGAGCAGGAAAGUUGUUCUGAUCCCUCAGCGUGACGCUGUGCACCUCCAGAGCCUUCAGCAUCGCCCAGGGAUAAGCCCCCGAUCAGGGGACGCGCCUCUCUCAGGUGGACUUCGUCUCUCUCCACCACCAGCCAAUUUGAUCCCUCCGGAUCUGGUUGCAGCUCCAGCUCGCGGCUGCCGCAGCUCCUCCACGUCACAUCGCCCUCCCGACCACAAUCUCUCGGAUCGCACCCUAAGGAGGUCCUUCGGCGUCCAUAGCAUAUAGUUGCUCUGCUUGCUCUGGACCUCUGGAUCUCCCAGUAUCUGCUUGCAAGAAUCAUUUCUAAUGUCCUGUUUUGCAUAAACUCCCGUCCUCGUCUUUGCGUCAACCGGCACGGUCCACUCCUAGACCACCCUCGCGGGCGCCUCCGCCUGUCGACCCUCGUGCCCGCUGGUCUGCCGCCCCAGCUCCUCGACUCCCUGUUUCCGCUCGCCUCUUCCCUGGAGCAAUGCCCCGAAAGCUACUCGCGAAUCCCUUUUCCACCACCGCCAGCAUGCCGCAGGACAGAAAGUCCUCACAGCCCAAAGGCAAUCGCUUUACCCAGCUCUUUGCCGCCAGGGCCAAGGAGCCGUCAUCCGCCCAGCAGGCCCUUUCUCUGGCCAUGCAAAACCAGCAGCAGCAGCAGCAGCAGGCGAACAGCCCUUCGCCCCAGCUCAACGGAGCUCCGUAUUCCCUUCCCACUAUCUCGCUCUCAGGCGUAGCUAGUCCCGGGGAGCCCGGCCCCGAUGCGUCGUCCACAACGCUUUUUCAACCCGCCCACGGGACCGAGUCUCGUCGCCGGCAGCGGGCAGAUGCUGAGUUCGGGCCCCUCGUCUCGCCCACCCACCGCUAUGUUAGCAAGCACCAGGGCGAACCGCUCGAGCCGCCCGUCCUUGAUGAGCCGCCCUACUACUUCGUUCUUACCACCUACAUCAGCUACCUUAUCCUCAUUCUGGUCGGCCACAUUCGCGACUUCUUUGGCAAGCGGCUCGGUAACCAGAAGCACUAUGCCUCCCUCAAGGCCGCCAAUGGCUAUGCUCCGCUGAACGACGACUUCGAUAACUUCUACGUCCGGCGCCUCAAGUUGCGCCUGGACGAUUGCUUCGCCCGCCCCACCACCGGCGUUCCCGGCCGCUUCAUCACUCUCAUGGACCGCAAGUCGGACGACUUCAACCGCACGUACAGGUUCAGCGGUACCCUCACCGAGACCCUCAACAUGAGCUCCUAUAACUACCUGGGCUUCGCGCAGUCCGAAGGCCCGUGUGCCGACGCCGUCGAGGAAUGCGUCAAGCGUUAUGGUCUCAGCUUCUGCAGCCCCCGGGUCGACGCCGGCACCUCGGACCUUAUGCUCGAGGUGGAGCGCGAGGUGGCCCAAUUUGUAGGCAAGCCCGCGGCCAUGGUCUUCUCCAUGGGUUUCGUCACCAACGCCAGCUCCUUCCCUGCUCUCGUCUCCAAGGGGUGCCUGAUCCUGUCGGACGAGCUGAACCACGCCUCUAUCCGCAUUGGCGCACGUGUCUCGGGCGCCGUGAUCCAGUCCUUCAGGCACAAUGACAUGGACGAUCUGGAGCGGAAGCUGCGUGACGCAAUCUCCCAGGGACAGCCCCGCACUCAUCGCCCGUGGAAGAAGAUCCUGGUUGCCGUCGAGGGUCUGUACUCGAUGGAGGGUACCAUGUGCGACCUGCCGGGCAUCAUCGAGCUGAAGAAAAAGUACAAGUUCUACCUCUUCGUCGACGAGGCGCACAGCGUUGGGGCCUUGGGCCCACGUGGCCGUGGCGUGUGCGACUACUUUGGCAUCGACCCGUCAGAGGUGGACAUCCUGAUGGGCACUCUCACAAAGUCGUUUGGCGCCAACGGCGGCUACGUCGCGGCCGAGAGGCGCAUCAUCGACAAGCUCAGAUUCCUAAACAACGCCACCCUUCUCGGCGAGUCGCCCACGCCAUGCGUUCUGAUGCAGAUCCUGGCGUCUCUCAAACUUAUUACGGGCGAGCUGGCGCCCGGCCAGGGUGAGGAGAGACUGCAGCGCAUCGCCUUCAACUCGCGGUAUCUCCGUCUGGGACUCAAGCGCCUUGGAUUCAUCAUAUAUGGCCACGACGACUCCCCCAUCAUCCCCCUUCUGCUGUACCACCCCGGGAAGAUGCCCGCCUUCAGCCACGAGAUGCUCAAGAGGAAGAUCUCCAUCGUGAUCGUCGGUUAUCCCGCAACCCCCUUGAUCAGCUCGCGCGCGCGCUUCUGCGUCUCGGCGGCUCACAACAAGGAUGACCUGGACCGUCUCCUUGCUGCAUGUGACGAAAUCGGCGACAUUCUUCAGCUCAAGUUCUCAACAGGUAUCGCUGGAGGGCUCGACCCUCUGCCGGAAGGUGUAACGCCCGAGACCGAGAGCCAGUGGCGGAAAGCCAAUGGUCUUGAGGGCGUCAUCAACCCUCCGCGAUGGAGGCUUGAGGAUGUCAUCGCCCGCGGGGUCAGCGACGCCCAGGAGCGGCUGCGCUAACGGUUGGCCAUUCCUCGAGCAGCCCCUCGCUGUGCCGUGGUGGCAUGGUGAUGGCUCGAACAGUCAGCCUAUGCAGCGGCCGCAUUUCCACAAUGCGCACAUCCUGGGUUUCUGGCCCAGUCCCUACACUGCCUAGAGCCAAUCCCAACUAUCCAAACAAAUCUACCGUGGUGUCUAUGGUCGAUCUUAGGACCCUGAUACAGUCACUUCCGUCACUGGCGUGGCUUUCUUUUUAUCUCAUCACCCCACCGUUUAAGUCCCAUAGGACUUGGUUCCCGGAUGGGCAGGCGAACCGGUAUAGAGGAGCAACCAUGCGGCUUAUAAAAGGGAGCUCUGCGGGUCGCUCUCUUUGAUAGCUAGACCAAAGAGCUUUCAAACAAUAUAUCUUAAUUCCACACAGCUUACCCAAACUGUCCCUAUGGACAAAGUCGUCGUAACA